CAUCGGUUAGUCCUGUCUCAAAAUUUGUUUAGCUAAAUUGUUCAUUUAAACUUACAGCCUGGCAUAACUCCCUUCCCUUUCUUAUUAAUACUUUUCUGACGUUGUACAAAAAAUCCUUUACACGCGUUUAAACUAAAAGUACACCAAACCUAAUUUCGAAAUGCUUUUGGCCCGUAUUAACCAUGUGCUGUCAGGACGACCGAUGCGGCUUUUGGGUCAGUCUGGAGGUCCUCGCUUGUGGAGCUCCGCCCAUCCGCAGAUGAAGAGUAACCAUGAACUUGGGAUGAGAAAGUAUUCCAGGGAGUCGAGAGAUCGUGACCGUUCCCAACUGGAGAGUAGGACCAGGGGUCCCUCUCUGAAGGAGCGCAUGAUGGGACCUCCCAGUGAGAAUGCUUACUCCAUGGGCAAAGGAGCGGCCGCUGGAGCGGCUCUGAUGGGUAUCGUCGGUCUGUGUUACUAUGGUCUCGGCCUCGCCAAUCAACCCAGUAUCUACGAUCACUCGAUGGCAUGGCCCCAGUACGUUAGGGAUCGUAUUCAUGCCACCUACGCCUAUUUUGGAGCAUCCUGUGGUGUAACAGCUGCUUCAGCCGUUGCCUUCUUUCAAUCGGAUGCCAUGAUGGCUCUGAUGACGCGUUCUGGAUGGGUUGCCUCACUGGUUACCCUGGGACUUGUAAUGCUUAGUGGAUCAAUUGCUCAAGGCAUAGAGUAUCAGCCAGGUUUUGGGGCCAAGCAGCUGGCCUGGCUCGUCCACUGCGCCGUUUUGGGAGCUGUCCUUGCGCCCAUGUGCCUUCUGGGCGGACCCAUCCUGACCAAGGCUCUUCUCUAUACCAGCGGAAUUGUGGGUGCCCUGUCUACAGUGGCUGCUUGUGCACCGAGCGAAAAGUUCCUGCACAUGGGUGGACCGCUGGCCAUUGGGUUGGGCGUGGUCUUCGCCUCCUCGCUGGCCUCCAUGUGGUUGCCUCCCACUACAGCAGUGGGGGCGGGACUGGCCAGCAUGUCCUUGUACGGCGGACUGAUUCUGUUCAGCGGAUUCCUCCUGUACGAUACGCAGCGGAUCGUUAAAUCGGCGGAGUUGUACCCCCAGUACAGUAAAUCGCCAUACGAUCCAAUUAAUCACGCUCUAGCCAUUUACAUGGAUGCGCUGAACAUCUUUAUUCGCAUCGCAAUUAUAUUGGCAGGCGAUCAAAAGAGAAAAAACUGACUUGGUCUAAAUUAUAUACCACAAGUUGUAUGAUUGAAUUAUAAUUAUCUUUUUCAUAUUUUGAAAUGUAUCUUUUCAAAAUUAUUUGCAGCUUAAGCACAAAUCUAAAAGCACAAAAAUGUGAAAAAAUAUAGACGAAUUAUGAGCA